ACAAGAACCAUACCGGUUUAGCCAAUUUCUCACAGUUUGAGAACUUUUCAGCCACGACGGGUAUUGUAAAGGAUCACGAUUAAUUCUCCCCAUGGCGUUUUCAGCAUGCUAUGUUUUCAACCUUCGAGGACUUGCAUGGCCAUGAAUGUGCCUAAGAAACUAAUUAGUUAAUAUUGGAUUUUAAAAAAACAACAGGAUUUAUAUUCAACUUUGAAAGCAUAUUAUUUCUACAGCCACCAAAGAGAAAAUCCUACUCACAUGUACCUUACCUCCAGUAACAGAAAGUGAGGAACAAUCAUGGGGAAAAUAUUUCAAGAAGUUGCUAUGGACUUGGAUAUGAUAUCUUUUCUUGUUUCCACGUCUAUUUAUAUUAUUUUGGGAACUAUCGGCAACACACUUGUAAUAGCCGUUUACUUGUCUAAAAAAAGACAAUUUCCAAGACGAGCUUACAUUCUGAGUCUAGCGAUUACGGACCUAGUGAUAGUGGUGCUUGUUGCCCCUUAUUCUAUUGUGUUCCAGUUACGACAGGUGAAAAGCAGUUUUGCUUGUCACGCGUUCGAAGUGUUUCGCCAUACUGCUAUAGGAUUUUCUAAUUUGAUCCUUAUUUUGAUAGCAUGGGAGCGUCUAAUGAUGGUAUGGCGGCCCCUGAAAGCUAUGGAAUCUACAACCAAACUGUCGUUCAUGAUAGGGUUUUUCCUAUUUGCCAUGCUGUGUUCCAGCCCCGCAGCUCUUGUUUACAAUGUUAGUUAUCACAAUAGUACCCAGUCUGGAAAUGGAACUCAGGCACAGCAAAAAUAUUGUGCUCAUACAACAAGCAUAUUAGGAAAACAGAAAACGCUAUGGUUUAGAAAUAUGAUUUCUUUUUUGAUGGGAGUGGAAUUUUUAAUUUUGAUAAUCACGUAUAGUCUUGUCUAUGUGCUUAUCUAUCGACAUAGGAAAAGGGCUCCACGAUCAUAUGUAGGAUCGAAUAUUAGAAAUCGUGUAGGGAAGCAAGAUUCAAAUGAAAGUCAAACACGUAGUGCUCGUCUUAUCGACAAUGGCAGAGGAGAUGACCGCGAUAUGUCAAAUAUUGCCUCAACCCCAUUAUGUCAAGUCGUGCAGACAGAUUCCAAUGAAGCUGAUGAUGAUAUGAAAGAACGGUCUUCUGCGAGACUUGAGUCUGCCCCAUUACAACAAGUUGAGGACACAGAUUCUAAAGUGAUUACUACUGAUGAAAAUUUAAAUUCAAGAAAGUCAAAAAUAUCGAACGGAAAACAAGAUGAUAAACUGGAAUCCAUCUACCUGGAGAAAGAUUCUGAGAGAAAUGAGAUUGCUCAAGAAAAUUCUUCGUCGAGAGAUUUGCAAAGCUUUCGAUAUGAAGGUGCUGAAUCGAACACGAUCAACCUAGAAAGAACGCCAGUCUCGGAGGAAAAUGAUCAUCGCCAAGAAUCCAUGUACCUCAAUAACAACCAAUCAAGUCAAGGAACUAGUUCAGUAUCUUCUCCUCCACUCAAGGGAUCACAGAAAAGGCAAAACUCGACAAACUCUCGAAUUGUCACAUCCGCCAAGAGAAGACCUACAAUGCAAGCGAAAACGUGGACAAUGUUGACCAUCUGUACAUUUUUGUACGUAAUUUGCUGGAUUCCCUAUUCUUUCUACGCCUUUGAAGUAACUAAAGGAUUGAUAUUCCAGUAUUGCUUUUUCAUUGCGCAUGCGUCAAAUCCUAUCGUAUACAGCGUUGUUAACGUCCGAGUUAGGAGAGGGAUCAAAGAAUUGUUUACCAGAAAAUCACAUUCUAGGACAAACAGCACGGUACAAACCAGUAGCACGAACGCAUCAACGUCAUCGAAUGUUUGAAUAUGCAACUAUACAUAAAAAUAGUA